GGCGAUACUAUGAGUAUUUGCAAUGCAAAAGAAAUUUAUCACAAAAAGAUUAAAAAGUUGGAGAACAGGAGAAAAGGACAAAAGACCAUAACCAUUAAUUAUCAAUCCCCCACCAUAUCCUGGAGAUAUUUCCAAGCAUUUUUCGGAAGAAAUGUUUCCCUUUUAGCCACUUUUGGACGUAUCAAACUAUACAAUUGCGCUGCAAAUAAUGGGGUGGUCGAUAUCUUCUUGUUCUACUCCAUUGAUGCUCUCUUCUCAUCCAAAAAUUCAAUGUAGCAGUAACUGCUUCUUCCAGACAAUAUCACUUCAGGGAUUCUCAGGAUUUGCAUCAGCUGCCCCUAUUAAAUCUGUACGUUUUCAUUCCUUAAAUGCUUCCCAUGGCUAAUUGUUACUUUAAAAAUGGCUUCCCCUGCCUUCUUCUUCUUGUUGUUGUUGCUGAUUUUGUGUUACUCUAUGACUCGAUAUUUUAACAUAAUGCUUUGAAUUUGUUUUGGAGUCGAAUUUCUGCUUUACAGGAUUAGGAAUUGGAACUGCUUUCUUAGUGUGUGAUGGAAUACAAAUUGAAUUCUAAAUUGAGGAUUAAUUUCAAAACAAAAGUGAAAUGAUGGAAGAAUCUGCGAAUAAAAAGAAAACCCAUGAAUCACCGAUCCUGAAAUGUUUAGUUUCUGUUGUGCUAAUUGUAAUUGGAAUCAGAAGGCAACUUCUGACUGUGAUGCUUCAGUUAUUAUCCAGGGAAGCUGUAGAAUUAGUUGUUGGAGAUCUUUCUUGGUUUCCAAGAAGAGGAAACAGAAGAGAAGAACAUUGGCUGUUGCUAGUCAGUUGAAAGUGGUAGAUGCCGUGGAGGAUGACGAGGCUUGCGAACUUGUGAAUGGAGUGGAGGUCUUGAUUGGAGGGGAAGGAGAUUAUGAAAUCUAUGCUUAUCUGCUGAAGCCAGUGAAGAACAACAAUGGCACUGGGAUUUUGCUCUUGUCGGACGUAUUUGGUUUUGAAGAUUCAGCCACAAGAGACUUUGCUUAUCGUGUCGCUUGCAAUGGUUACAAUGUUCUGGUUCCAGACCUUUUUCGUGGGGAUCCAUGGACGAAAGAUAAGCCAAAAUCUCUUUAUGAAGAAUGGCGCGCCAGACAUAGUCAAGAACGAGUAGCCAAUGACAUAUUUGCUUCUACAAAUUGGAUGAUCAAUGAGUUUCUUGCUGCCGGAAUAUCAAAGAAGCUAGGCAUUAUCGGAUUCUGUUUUGGGGGUGGCCGAGUGAUUGAUAUUCUGGCGCAAGACCAGGGAGGAUGCUUUGGGGUUGGCGUGUCAUUCUAUGGAACAAGAAUCAACACCUCACUAGCAACUAAUGUAAAGGUACCAGUGUUGUUCAUUGCCGGAGACAAUGACCCACUGUGUCCAAUAAACACUUUAAAAGAUGCCGAAAAACAAAUUGAGCAGUCCAAAGUUGUUGUGUUCGAGGGAAGAGGUCAUGCUUUCGCCCACAGACCUGAGUCUCCUGAAGAAGAUGAAGAUGCAGAGACGGCUUUUGUUUUAAUGAGAAACUGGUUGCAUGAUGGAUUGGAUACUGAACCGUAAGACACAAGUCUUUCUGUAGAUAACAGAUUGUCUAUGUACUUCUGAUAUGAUGUAAUACAACAAUAUCAAUAUAUAACUUCCACUUCGCUAGAAUCUAAGAUGUGCAGUUAGUAGAAUAGAAGAGCUCCUAGAAAUUCAUGAAAAUAUCUCCAUUUGCAAGUGCGUAAUGUAUGUAUAAUGUAGCCUAUAUAGCUUUGAUUCAAACUUCAAACUGGUAUAUAUAACCUCUUUUGGUUCUUCAACUUAUACCCUUACUUGGUCUUUUCCACCACAUACCCAAAUUAGUAUCAUUGACGUUUAGGGCUGGUUGAGUAUUAACCCUAAAGGCUUUUGUGAACUUUUGAUGGAUUUAUGUUGGUUUUCUAGGUGUGAAUAUCUGAAGGUUUAUCACUGAAGCAGUGGAAAUGAUACAUCUGCUCCGUUCUGAAGCUUUCUACUUGUUUAUCACUACAUUUUAAGAUCUCAUUUUUCCAGUUCCUAUCCCC